GGACGACCCUAUAUACAACAUUGUUCCCAUACGAAGUCCAAAUAAACUCGCCUCUCUCCACCCAGGCUCAGCAUCAAGUUCAGCUUUCUUCGAACCAGGAGCAUGGAUUCCCUACACGUCGAGCAGCUCACGGCAGCUGGCCUGCCGUCCACGAAGACCCCUCCCGCGCUUCCACUUCCGCACUCCGACGAGCAUGCCUUGGUCUGCGAAACGUGCUCUUCAAUAACUGCUCCGUGCCUCGCGUUCCUGCCGGCUCUCCCACUGCCACCCGCCGACGAGGAAGACGUGCUUGCCGAUGCCUACGAUCCCCAGGAUUGGAAGCUCAUCGCCAGCAAAUACCACAAAAGGGCAUCUGUCGGCAAGUGUAGCUUCAGCUACGUGUACCUAAGUGAGGCCUCCCAGUUCUACAAGAUGAUGCGCGGCUUAGUCAGCAGCAGCCUCCACCUGAUUGACAAAUAUAACCUAGACCAGCAAACCGGUUCGUCAGGCCACUCCAACCAGGACCUUCUGACAAAAGGCAGCAUCACACCAGAAGACCGCGAGCUAAUCAAUGCCAGGGACGCCGUCGCCCAGCGCGUCAUCUCCAUCCAGGAGAACUACAAGCACUGUCCCCCAAGCUGCGGCUUCACUGAUCCGCUAUGGGCCGAUGCGCGGCCCGAUAUGUACUUCGAGCGCAAUUGGUGUGCGCACCAGUAUGAGGUGGUGGGGAAAGACUCGUAUUAUCCUGAUAACGGGUUCUUCCCUGCGCUUGCGAAGAAGUACAGGGCGUCUUUGCCGGGCCUGGAAAGGCUGUGUGCGGAGAUUGAUAGGGUGCGUGAGGAUGAGUCCGCUUGGGAGCUUCCUCCGCCGCUGUUCUUGCCGCCUGAAACACACGGAGCGGAAGACACUGAGGACUUCGGCGGCGCUGAUUCAUCUCCCGAUGACGAUGUGGGCGACUAUCCACAGCCUGUCGCAGUCAAAGCUCACCGGAGCUGCAUUAUAAUGCCGCGUAUUCGCCUGCCGUCUGUCAGCGGCAUUCUGUUCCGGAGCCGCUUUGUGAGGGACACCGUGGAGCGGGUUUCCAUCUUUCUGCUGGAUAGCCUGCGGGACUGGGAGUAUCAGCACCCCGAUUUCGAGAGUGAGGUGUCCGAAUAUUGCGAGCCGGAGCCGGAGCCGGAGCCGGAGCCGGAGCCGGAGCCGCAGCCUGCGAAGGAAUGGACGACCGAGGACGGAGAGCUGAACUAUUGGUGAUCCAGUGAUCGUGCUAGCAGAACUUCUAGGGCCAUUUCCAUUUACCGCUCGUCCGAUCCCUUGAUGCCCCGACAACGGAGACGGCCGUAAUACAUGCAAGUUUUCCAAAGAAUACAUAUACUCUUACCUCUAUAGAGAACCCAAAAUUUGAGACUAAGUGACAGGAGGCGAGUAGGAUACGCUUGACGCGCCGAUCGUGAGCACGGGAUAUCAAAAUAUCCUACAGGGAAGCGAAGUUUGGAAAGAUAUAAACUAAGUGGACGAGACGAAGAUACGC